CUUCAGGAUCAGCCUAGCACACCAAGUUGAUGGAUGGAGGAAAUUACUCAAUGGUGUCUGAAUUUUUGUUGCUGGGACUCACCAGUUCCUGGGAGAUUCAGAUUCUUCUUUUUCUGUUUUUCACAAUAUUUUAUAUAGCAAGUAUGCUAGGAAACCUUCUCAUUGUGCUGACAAUUAUCUCAGACCAUCACUUACAUUCUCCCAUGUACUUUUUGCUAGCAAAUCUCUCCCUUAUUGACACAGGUGUUUCUAGCAUUGCAACCCCCAAGAUGGUUUAUGACAUUUUCAGAAAACGUAAAGUCAUCUCUUUGAAAGGAUGCAUUACUCAGAUGUUCUUUAUUCACACUGUUGGGGGUGCAGAGAUGGUGCUGCUUAUAGUCAUGGCCUAUGACCGAUACAUUGCUAUCUGUAAACCCCUCCACUACCUGACCAUCAUGAGCCUAAGAAUGUGCAUUUCUCUUUUGGCUGUUGCUUGGACCAUUGGACUCAUUCACUCUGUGGCCCAACUGGCUUUUGUUGUAAACUUACCCUUUUGUGGUCCUAACGAAAUGGAUAGCUUUUAUUGUGAUUUUCCUCGGUUCAUCAAACUUGCGUGUAUAGACACUUACAGACUGGAGUUUCUGGUCACUGCCAACAGUGGUUUCAUUUCCAUGGGCACCUUCUUUAUCUUGGUUAUCUCUUACAUCUUCAUCCUGGUCACGGUUCGCAAACACACCUCAGGUGGCUCCUCCAAAGCCCUCUCCACUCUCUCAGCUCACAUCACUGUAGUGGUCUUUUUCUUUGGCCCUUGUAUUAUUGUCUAUGUGUGGCCAUUCCCUACCUUACCCAUAGAUAAAUUUUUAGCCAUUUUUGAUGCCCUUAUCACUCCUUUUAUGAAUCCUAUUAUCUAUACAUUUAGAAAUAAGGAGAUGAAGGUGGCAAUGAGGAGACUGUUUGGUAAGGUUUUAAGUUUUAGGAAGUGUUCCUUCAUGCAUAAUCCAAGAAAUUCAGAUUCAUCUUGACUGCAGUACUUGGAAAUGAAUUUCUUUAAUUAAACGUUUUAUAGAACUUUUUAAUUUAGCAACUGAUUUCAAUAUCCAUUGUGAAACAUCUCCUCAAGGACUCUGUUCUGGUCUGGUCAGUUUUUCACAGGGAUCCUUUUCGAAGGAUACUGAAAAUGUUGAGGAGGAGUGACUUCAGCUUUGGAACUUAGUGUCCUUUAUUAUUGAAGACUUUAGUGAAAGCUGCAAUCUCACAUUUUGGGCAUAUUUUUCGGGAAUGUAAAUUGUCUUAUCUUUGGUGGUGAUUCUCAGAGGCAUAUUUCUCCUAAUCUACACGUGUACCAAAAUUCAUGCUCUUUGAGUUCAGUGUCUAUAACCAGGAGGAAUAAACAACAUGAAGAUAAUUACCCAGGUAGCUUUGAAACUUUGAGGCUUCAAACUUCUGGAUAUGCCCAUCCAUACUCAGACUUAGUACUAAGGUUUUUAGAAUUAAAAUUGAAAGGUGAAAUUUGGGGUAAAUCAAAGAGUGACAACUCAGGAAACUUUACUAUUAUUAAUCAAAUAUUUUGAGAUCAGAAGGUGUAUAUGGUAAUUAUGUUUUACUCCAACUGUUUUCUAAAGAAGUCAUUAUUUUUAUAUGGCAAAGAAAAUUAUGUGACUCUUAAAUAAUUGAAUAUUUUGAAGCU